GUAGGCGGUCCAGGUAAGAGCCCGAUCGGGAUUGGGAUUGAACAUGAGUUCCAGCCUAACCACGCUGGCUGGAGGGAGGACGGAUCGUGCCGCAGAGGAAAUCCAAAUUCUAGGCGGGUCCACGUCCGGCAGCAUCAGGUUGUGGCGUGGUGAUGCAAGGAGGAGCUGCACGCGCGGGUCAUGAUCAUGCAGGUUCCUCCUCAGUCCGGAUUUAAAGUGCGCAAACUAGUGGGUUUCGUUUAUGGGAGCCUAAGAUCCGUGCACCCCUCAGAGGGACUCGAUGAGGAGGAUGUCACCAGAACAGCUGUUUCAUUCCAGCGGAUGAGUGAACUCCAGGAGAAAAGGAGGAGGAGGCUCGGAUUCUCCCCGGCUGCUGACCUCCCGCUCUGGGGUACGAAUCCUCCCACCGCCCAGCGUCUCCACCCCGAAUCCGAACCGAGCACUACCGAUGCGUCCGGUGGUCCCUGAUGCUCGGCGGUGUUCCGGGGCUUUCCGGUCGGUGGGAGAAGCUCUUGCCGUGGUCCCGAGCUAGGAUGCUGCGCCAGGUGUUGCACGCGGGACUCCGAACCUGUUUCCACGCGCUCGGUCGGUUCGUGGCCAGCCACCCGGUGUUCUUCGCCUCGGCGCCCGUGUUGCUCUCCAUCCUGUUGGGGGCCAGCUUCAGCCGGUACCGCGUGGAGGGGAACGUGGCGAGCCUGCUGGCCCCCAAACACAGCCUGGCCAAGAUCGAAGGGAACCUGGUGGAGAGUCUGUUCCCCGUGAACCGAUCCAAGCACGCGCUCUACUCCGACCUGCAAACCCCGGGCCGAUACGGGCGCGUGAUCAUCACAGCCCAAAAGGGGAGCGUGCUGGACCCGUUUCACCUGGAAACCAUUCUGCAGCUGCACCAAAGAAUCUACCAGAUGCAGGUGACGGUACCAGCGGCUGGCUUCAACAGCUUCAACUACUCCUUCUCCUACCUCUGUCUCCCUGACGACAAGAAUGUCUGCAUCAUCGAUGACAUUAUUCGUGCCAUGGAGGAAAUCCAGCUGGCCCGAGCCUCUAACCGAACCAUUUCGGUCCUCCGAUAUCCAAUCACACAACUAGCAGAUGGGCGGAAGGCGUACAUCGGCCACCAGCUGGGUGGCGUUCAGGGUUGGGGCUCCAACGGAGCGGUGCGAGUCCAGGGGACUGGAGCUAAAGUAGAAGUUGUCCGUUCUGCCAGAGCAGUGCAGCUCACCUACUACCUCCAGUCCCGCAGUGGCCUAAUGGACAGAGUUGCCAGCCAAUGGGAAAGAGCCUUCUGUGCCGAGCUCAAAGACUUUGGAGGUUUGCAUCCAAAACUGAGUCUUUACCCCUCCACCUCAUCCUCCCUAAGGACAGACUUCCAGUUCUCCUCUGUGCUGGCACGGCGCCCCCUGUUGGCCAGCGUGGGAGUGUGCGGGGUGCUGGCCAUCUUCUGCUGCUCCAUGAGGGACUGUGUGAGGUCCAAGCCCUGGUUGGGACUGCUGGCUCUGCUGUCAGUCACGCUGUCGGGUCUUACUGCUGCUGGGAUUCUAAACCUGACCGGGGCCACCUACAACUCCACGUACCUGGGCAUCCCGUUCGUCAUGCUUGGUCAUGGCCUCUUUGGCUCCUUUGAGAUGCUGUCAUCAUGGAGGCGAACGCGUGAAGACCAGCACGUUAAAGAGCGAGUGGCAAGCGUCUUUGAAGAUGUCAUGCUCCGUUUUUCCGGUUCCACCGUGAUCCACCUGUUGACGCUUGGCCUGGCCGCCUCUCCGCUCACCAACAUGGAAGCUGUCCGACUCUUCUGCCGCAACGCCACCCUCGCCGUGACCAUCAGCUAUGUUUACAUGCUGUCGUUCUAUGGCUCGUGUCUGGUGUAUACUGGCUACUUGGAGACUCGUUACAGACAUGGCUGCUUCUGCAAGCGAGUCCCCAAACAGGACCGGCUGGACUCUAAGCCGGCUUGGUACCGGUGUUUGAUGUACACUCGUUACCAGGAAGAGACUCAGUCGGCCAACCCGCCACACGGAGUUGUUCGCACCCAGACGCCAAACUCCAACCAGACUCAUGCAGAUUUGCAUACGAUGAACAGCUCUGGCGUCCAUGGACAUCUGACUAAUACCAUCAUCACCCACCCUCACACUCAUUCCACAGCUAGCAUGGACCCUCAUCCUCAGGACUCACACCUUUUGCUGGGGUGUGUGCGGCGUUGCUAUGGAGACUGGAUCACCAACACCUAUGCCAAGCCAUUUGUGGUUCUCCUGUACCUGGUUUACAUCUCUUUUGCACUGAUGGGGUUCCUCCAGGUGACACAAGGUUCUGACCCCAGCGCACUGGUUGCCAUGGAUACAGCAACAGUAUUGUACACGCGUGCCCAACAGCGUUACUUCAGCUCGUACUCCCCGGUGAUCGGGUUCUACAUUUAUGAAAGCGCCCCCUACUGGAACGCCUCGGUGCAGGGGGACCUGCUGGAAUACGCCAAAGGCUUCCAGAGGAUCAGCUGGCUGGAGGCCUACCUGAAUUAUCUGUCAGACCGCAACGAGUCCACCAGCCAGCCUAGGGAGAACUUCACCCACACGCUGCGCCACUCCUUCCUCCGCGAACCACAGUUUGCCCACUUUGAGGAUGACAUCAUAUUCGCAGAGCGCGGUCAGGGCGAGGAGCCCGAUGUGGCGGCUUCACGCAUCUUCCUGGUUGCCAAGACAACGGAGAACAAGCGGGAGGAGAUGUCGGUGCUGCUGGACACGUUGCGCCGCCUGUCGCUCACGUCUCGUGUUCGUUUUCUAAUCUUCAACCCGUCCUUCGUCUACUUGGACCGCUAUGUCACAGCGGUCAGUUCCCCCCUCAGGCACUCACUGCUGGCGGUGCUCUUCCUGUUGGGUCUGUCCUCACUAGCCUUUGUGGAGCCCCUGGUGUCCAUGUGGCUGGGUCUCACCCUUCUCUCCGUCCAGUUUGGGGUUCUUGGCUUCAUGACAUUGUGGGGAGUAGAGAUGGACUGCAUGUCUGUGCUAUGUCUGAUCUCAGCUUUGGGUCACUCGGCCACCUGCAGCGGCCCCCUCCUAUGUGGCUUCACCUCGGGUCGGGGUGAGAGCAGGACUCGUUGGGUUAGGCUGGCGCUGGAGAGACACGGCGUUCCUUCUCUACAGACGUUCUUGUGCUACGGCGCAGCCCUUGUGCCUGUCGGCUCCGUACGCUCGAACCUCACGGUCACGCUUUUCCGUUGCCUCGCUCUCACGGCCGGCUGCUCGGCCCUGCACACACUGGCCUUCCUCCCCACCCUCCUCACCUUCCUCCCCCCCUCUAAAAGCAGGAGCCACCAUCCAGGAAGGGAAGGUCAGAGACAAGAGGUGGAGUGUGUCGAGAUGAAUGACAGCACCAGAGUAGUGGACCAGAUUACCACUGUUUGAUGGGGGGUUUAUCUUGGCUCCUGUGUUGCUAUGGUGACUGCCAUCUGGGAACAGGCUCAGCGUGGUCCAAAUAGCUUGCUGCUAAAGAGAAAACUGCUACUGGUGAAGCCUGAAAGACAAGGAAAGUAUAACACAGAGGCAGGUCCUUGAUGCAACGGAACCACGGUUUCCUGCUUGAUCCUAAUGCGCUGUGGCAUGUAAAUGACUUUUCUCCCCCCACAGACACUCACUGGUGUGAGAAUGAGUCUGAAUGUGAUCACAGAGAAGGCGCAAUAGCUUUCACUUUCUAAAACUAUACAUCAGUAGCCUGGCCUGCCAGACUCCUCCUCUGUUUAAUUCGGCACAGAGAGGGUCCGGUAACUCUCCUAUUCAAAUAACCCCACCCCGUGGGAAUUCUAACCGAGCCAAUCAGCACUGAGUAUCGUACGUCACACACCACAACGCCGAGUUUGCCAAGCAUGACGACUGAAGUGGAGUUCCCUGCGGCUCUUUCCUCUGGUCUGAAUGACUUGGACACAACAAGUAGAAGCGCUAAAAGCCGUUCUUCUAAAGAUGUUUGCGCUGUCGCCAUACUCCGUUUUUACUACAGCUAAAAAACUACAGCGUCGCGGACGUCACACACAGCCAUGGACGUUAUUUUCACUUUAGAAGUGGGGGU